CCGCUACGUCACUUCCGCACACCGUAAAUCCAACAUGGCGCUGCUCUUAAGGUCGUUGGCUCGACAGGGGUUGUGUCUGUCCAGGACCCCCUCUCUCCAGAUCUCCCCUCUCCUCUGCAGACAUGUUGCUCCGAUGGGGACAACAGCCAAAGAGGAAAUGAACAAAUUCUGGGCCAAAAACGCCAAACUGAACCGACCCAUGUCCCCUCACCUCACCAUCUACAGAUGGUCCGUCCCGAUGAUGAUGUCAGUCACACACAGAGGAACAGGCAUCGCCCUCAGUGGAGCGAUCUCGACCUUCGCCUUGGCCGCUCUGGUCUUACCUGGUAACUACCCGUUCUACCUGGACCUGAUCCACUCCCUGUGGGUGGGGCCUGCGCUCAUCGCUCUGGCAAAGAUCGGCAUCACGUUCCCCGUCUCCUUCCACACGUACAACGGCAUCCGGCACCUGUGGUGGGACAUCGGAAAAGGCUUCAAGAUCCCCGAGGUGUACCGCACGGGCUACACGGUGAUCGGCCUGUCUGUGCUCACCUCCGUCGCUGUGGCCUUCCUCGUCUGAAGAA